GGGGCGGGGCCGGGACAGGCGUGCGGGGCUGGGCUGGGCCGUCCCGUGCCCCUGGCCGGCCCGCGCCGCCGGGCCCAUGGCGCUGCAGGCGCUGCCCAGCUCGGGGGUGGCCUUCCGCAGGAUCCUCGCCCACUUCCCCGAGGAGCUGAGCCUGGCCUUCGCCUACGGCUCGGGGGUGUUCCGCCAGGCGGGGCCCAGCUCCAGCCAGAAGGAUGCGAUGCUCGACUUCGUGUUCGCCGUGGACGACCCUCUGGCCUGGCAUUCGAAGAACCUGCAGAAGAAUUGGAGCCAUUACUCCUUCCUCAAGGUCCUGGGGCCCAAGGUGAUCGCCGCCGUCCAGAGCGACUAUGGCGCGGGGGUGUACUACAACACGCUGGUCAAGUGCGACGGGCGGCUGAUCAAGUACGGGGUGAUCAGCACAGCUGCCCUGAUGGACGACCUCCUCAACUGGACCAAUUUAUACGUGGCGGGCCGGCUGCAGAAACCGGUGAAGAUCCUGGCCCUGAGCGAGAACGCGGGUCUGCGCUCGGCCCUGGACAAGAACCUCCGGAGCGCGGUGAGCGCCGCCUUCCUCAUGCUGCCCGAGAGCUUCUCCGAGGAGGACCUCUUCACCGAGAUCGCCGGGCUGUCCUACGCAGGGGACUUCCGGAUGGUGGUCGGCGAGGACAAGGGCAAGGUGGCCAACAUCGUGAAGCCCAACAUCGGCCACUUCCGCGAGCUAUACGGCGACGUCCUGCAGCAGAGCCCCCAGGUGGUGUACAAGAUGCAGCAGGGCCGGCUGGAGAUAGACAAGAGCCCGGAAGGUCAGUUCACACAGCUGAUGACCCUGCCCCGCGCCUUGCAGCAGCGGAUCAACUUCCUCAUGGACCCUCCCGGGAAGAACCGAGAUGUGGAGGAGACGCUGCUCCAAGUGGCCCAUGACCCUGACUGCGGUGACGUGGUGCGCCUGGGUAGGGCUCUCGGCGAUAGUGAGGCCGUCCAGCAUGACGCAGAGCGCCAAAGGCAUCUUCACCGCAGGCAUAAAGAGAUCCCUGGUCUACAGCUCCCUGAAGCUGCACAAAAUGUGGAAAGGAUGGCUGAGGAAAACCCGCUGACGUGGCUAGCUUUGACAGACCUGGCGCUCCGAGUAAAGUGCUCCUGGUGGACAGAACAGUGCCUGACCCCUUACUCCCACCCGGAGGGGCCCUGCUCGCAGGACGCCUGGUGUCUUACAUGCGCGGGCCCAUCCCUGUGAGAAACUCCCGCCCCCUUCCCGCCACACUUCCUGGGUGCUGCUCCCAGAAGCCCCGCGACUGGCCUGGAGCGUGGGUGCCGGAGGGAAGCCGCGCACAGAGGGGCUCGGCCCGGGGGCUCGCCUCACCCUGUUGCUCGGGGGGUGCAGGGACAGCCCUUCUGCCUGUGGCGCGUGGCUCUGGGUGCGCGGCCCGUGUUGUCACUGAGAAACAGCCGCUAACGGGCCCCGCACAGUGCCCUCAGCCAGGGAACACGGUGGGAGUCAGCGAGAGGCUCACUGACAGUGCUCUGGCCUUGCGCCUGUGAGGCCCUGGGUUCGAGCUUCAGGUCAUCUCCAGGCUUGUCCUCGGGCGUGAGCUGCCACCAGCCCGUCUCCCUCUCCUCUCCCUGUGCUUGGCCGCCCCGGUCCUCUGCCGCCCUCCGACUCGGCCCACAGGGUGUCCCUUCAGGGGCCUCCAGCCCCACCUGCGCCACCCCCAGGGUCUUGGUUCAAGGACCCAGGACAGGGCCGGGGCGCAGCUGUCCUCCUGUGAGUCCCUCAGGCACCCAGGUUCUCUCUCCCCCUCACACUCCCCAGGACUCAGGGCUCCGGUGCAGGGACCCUCCGGGUCACUUAGAAACCUUCCUUGGGCCAUACCCGGAGGUGCUCAGGGCUGACUCCCCGUUCUGUGCUCAGGGAUUACUCUUGGCAGGGCUUGGAGGGGGCCAGGCAGAGUGCCGGGGAUCGAACCCGGGUCAGCCACGUGCGAGGCGAGCACCUCAAACCCCACACCCGCGAGCUGUCUCCCCAGCCCCGGUGUUAUUUUUUUUUUUUCCACUUUGGGCUUCGCUCAUUCCAGCCUAGUGGGUAACGGGCGUAGGAGCUGACUAGACCUGCC